GGAUGUGACAGCAGCUCUCGUAAUUCUUAAUGAAUCGGGUGGUAUGAUGGUAAAUGCUCAAGGGUACGAUGAAGGACCAGUUGACAUUUUUGGUCGUAAAUAUUUAGCAAUUAGAGGUGGGUCACCUUGCGAUGGCGAUGAAAAUUCUAAGCAAAGUCAAUUAAGGUUAAUUAGGGAAAUAUGGGAUGUUAUCGAGGAGGUUGAUUGUCCUAGAACUUGA